AUGUCUGACACUCUUCCGGAAAUGCAGUACCGCUUCCUUGGUCGGACGGGGCUCAAGGUAUCUGUGAUCUCGCUGGGAGGGUGGCUCACAUAUGGAGGGCAUGUUGGCAAUGAAACUGCUUUCGAGUGCAUGAAAGCCGCCUACGAUGCUGGCGUUAAUUUCUUCGACACGGCCGAAGUAUAUGGCGGCGGACAAUCAGAGAUUGUACUCGGCCAGGCGAUCAAAAAGUACGGAUGGAAGCAAAAUGACCUGGUGAUCUCGACCAAGCUGUACUGGGGCGCCGCCAACAGCGCCAACCCCCAGAAUCCCCUCAACAACAAGGGCCUCUCCCGCAAACACAUCAUCGAGGGUCUAACCCAGUCCCUGCAGCGCCUGGACCUACCCUACGUCGACAUCGUCUACGCGCACCGCCCAGACCGCGACACCCCCACCGAAGAGAUCGUCCGCGGCUUCAACCACCUCAUUGACACCGGCAAGGCCUUCUACUGGGGCACGUCGGAGUGGAGCGCCAGCGAGAUUGCCGACGCAUGGCGCGUUGCUGAUAGACUCGGCCUCGUCGGGCCCGUCGUCGAGCAGCCGCAGUACAACAUGCUAGUGCGCGAGCGCGUCGAGCGCGAGUACCGCUGGCUGUACGAGGCGCCACACGGACUGGGACUUACCGUGUUUUCGCCGCUCAAGGGCGGCGUCUUGACCGGCAAGUAUAAUGAUACGGCUGCGCCGCCGCCUGGCUCGCGCCUUGCCGAGUCGCAGGAUGGGUAUGUGCAGAAUCUGCGCAAGACUGUGGGCAAUGAGGUGUGGCUGCGUCAGCUCGAGCAGGUUGCUGCGCUGAAGCCUGUUGCGAAGGAGCUGGGGGUGUCGACGGCUCAGUUGGCCCUUGCGUGGAUUUUGAAGAACCCAAAUGUCUCGUCGCUGAUUACGGGGGCGUCGAGGCCUGAGCAGGUGCUCGAUAAUGUGUGUGCGCUUGCGGUGGCGGAGAAGUUGACGCCGGAGGUUCUGGAGAAGAUUGAUGCUGUAUUGGGAAAUAAGCCGGUUGAAGAUAGGAGGCGGCUUUAG